AUGGCGCAAUUCUUCGAUUUGCCCAGGGAACUGAGAGAUAUGGUGUACAUGGCGGUGAUCACGCACGAGAGGCCACGGCCCACGCUGGGCGAGGCGCAGUGGUUGUUCCGCUUCAGACGGAUCUUCGAGCCGCAGAGUAGUGUGCGAGGGGAGUAUGGGUGCGCGUACUCGCUGGAGCAGACGCCGAGCACCUGUGCGAAUCUACUAGUGUGCAAUCGCCAGAUCUACGCGGAGAUGGGGGAGGCGAUUGAACGGGCGAAGAGGAAGGGACUGAUGGCUGUGAGGCUGGACUGCAUCGCCGAGGACGAGAGCUUCCAUUACUUCACCUGGCUUGCGAUGCCGCUGGUGAAAACGAGGAGGAGCUUUCACGACGGGAAACUGAGGAUGCCGGGCUGGGUGGAUCGGGUCAUGGACAGAUAUCUCACCUGCUCGCACCGCAUCGGGUGCCUCGCAUGUCGAAGUCGAAGCUCCUCAACGGCGAUCCACCAACUCUGGGUCGACAUCCGCCUCGUGGGCGACCGCUCGGCGAAAUGGCUCCGCAACAGCAGUCCGCCAGACCGCACCUCCUGGGCCAUCUGCGCAGCGCUGAAGCGCAUC